AUGAAUCCAUCUGACAGAGAAUGGUUAAGAAACUUGGAAUGGACAUGUAAGAAAGACGCAAUGGCGAAUCCAAAUGAAUUGUCUGCGCUGCGGCAGAUGAUAUGCCAGUUUCGGGUCUCCGAGCUCACGUCUCUUCUUCACAGUCAAAAUCGCCCAAAAACUGGAAGAAAGCGCGAGCUCAUGGAGAGAUCCUUAGACUUGCUCAAUGGAACCAUCACAAAUGAGCUCAAGCGGAAGAUUCAAGAGCUCGAUCAGCUGCGAAACCCGUCGAGAAUGCAUCAAUACCACGGGCCAGGAAUAGCCAUGUCUGAUCUAGACGCCUUUGGCGCUGUUGGUGAUCUGUUCAUCAACGACGAUAGUGGACUUGGUGUCCCACCACUCAAAGGUCCAGUAAUGAAGGCUGAGCCAGGAGUGAAACUCCGACCGCUUGCGUUCUACGACAAAAUUGAGUCGAUUCUAAAGCCUUCCAAAAUUCCCGGAAACGGGACGCGCAUGAGUGGCACGCAAUUUUGGAUCAGAAUUCCGAAAACUUGUAUGGACAAGUUCAAAGCCGGCCAGGGAGCAACGAAGGAAAAAUACUUAUUCCUUCUUCGAUUUUUCGACUUGUCAAGUGUUUCCCUUGGUCACAGCAUCCUCAACGACGACCUGCCACUUUCCAUUCGACUGCGUAUUAACGAUAGAGAAACAACGUUACCUCCUCACAUUCCACCUAGCAAAGCUGGUGUCGAGCCUAGACGACAGAAAAAGCCUGUCAAUAUUACUCCAGAGCUCCGACAUGUCAUUGAAAAGGCCAUAAUUGCGAACUUGUCAUACAUCGAUAUUGGCGUCUGGUGCCAAUGGAAGGAAGAGAAUCAGACUCGACGAUGGGGAGUUUCCGUCGACUUGUCAGAAGGCAUUCCUGCCGAGCAAGUUCUAGAAAGAGUGAAGGCGAACGUUGUGCCAAAGGAAGAGACGAUCAAUUUGAUUCGAGAAAAGCUUGAUCCUAACGCGGAUGUUGCUUGUGGAAGCAUCUCAGCUUCGCUUCAGUGUCCUGUCGGGUGCAUUCGAAUGACGACGCCUGUUCGAACCAGACAGUGCUCCCACUUUCAGUGCUUCGAUGCCGAUCCAUAUCUGAGAAUGAACGAAAAGAAGCCAACUUGGAACUGCCCAGUUUGCCAUAAAAAGGCUUACUUCAAUGAGUUGGUCGUGGACGAGUAUUUUGCAGAAAUCUGCAAAAAAAGUAAAGCGAACGAAGUGGACUUCGAGCCAACGGGUGGUUGGACUGAGCACAAAGAGAAGAAGGAGAAGAAACCUAGAGUAGAACAGCCGGUUGUCUCCAAGCCAGACGAUAUCGUCGCGCUCGACGAUUCCGAUGAUGAAGCGCCAACGAAGGAAUCAAUGCAAGAGCAGAUCGACAACAUGAAGACCGAGGAAGAAUUGACUUUCGCCCCAGCAGCAACUCCAACUGGGGACGACAGCAUCAUUUGCAUCUCAGAUGACUCAGAUGAUGAAGCUGCUGUGUCCCCGACUCCAAAAAGAUCCAGAAUGGAACCACGAACGACAUCCUCACCAGCUGUUCACCAAAACGGUAUGAUUGGCCAAGAGAACGUUACUCCCAUUCCUCAUCACAGCUCACAAACGCCGUCUACAAGCUCGCGUCCUCCGUCCAACAUUCGCUCUCACUCGGAGAACCCCAAGGCCGCGCAUAUUCCCCAACCAGACGUGGAUGCGUUGAAUCAGUACUUGACCCCGCUCCUCGGCCAAAACCCCGAUCCUAAUCACGCCGCAGCAAUUCUGCAACUACUCGCCUCACAAUCUCACCUCACGCAACACAACGCCAACGCACCGCCGAACUUUUCGCACACACAGACUCUCGCAUCAACGGAUCCCACGCAUUGGGAGUCCUGCAACCUUGCCAUUAGUAAUUUGCAGAGACAACUGGCUCUUCUUCUCAGCAACCCGAGCCCUGAACUCCGUGAAGUGAGUCAGCAGGUAAUGGUUUGCCAGGCGAUCAUUGGAAAUGGUCGUCUUCCCAGUUCACAUAUGGCUACACUUCAAGCAUCGCUAAAUGCUGUGACUUCUGUAGCUUCGUCUCAAGCAAAUUCUUCAACAAUUGGACGUCAACCGCGUAUCGAUCAAAUGUUUGCACCUACCAGUCGCCCGAUGUCUACCUCGAGCAAGCCAUCCGACAAACCUCUUGAGCCCAAACAGGAACCGUCCUAG